AUGGCUGCAAACAUAUCGAAGAAUUUCUAUUCGGUUCAACUGAAGUGUACAGUGGCUGCGGGAUAUAAUGGGCAUUUUAUUAUAUACAUUAUUCGUUUCAAGAGAGAUUUACCGAACUGGGGAGAAAAUGAGAAAAAUCCGGUUGUGAUGGGUGUCAAAUACAUUUUUAUUUUAUUUUAUUUUAAUGCAAUGCAUUCUGCUUAUGGCGUCAGUAACAUUACCCAGAUGAAAUUUAUCCAACCAAACAGGGGAAUUUUGAUGAGCACCAGGCUUGAUGGCUUGAGAGUAUACAGGCUUGAUAAUAUUUACAUGCUUCAUGGUAUUUACAGGGUUAUUAUGUAUGUACAUUCAGCGGCAGGACUUAAGGAUUUAGUGGUAUAUUGUGAGUGUAAAGGAUAUAUCCUAAGUGGUAAGGGUAUAUAAUAAAGUGGUAAGGGUAUAUAAUAAAGUGGUGAGGGUAUAUGAUUAAGUGGUAAGGGUAUAUAAUUAAGUGAAAGGGGUAUAUAAUUAAGUGUUAAUGGUAUAUGAUUAAGUGUAAUGUAAAGGGUAUACAGUUUGGAGGGUAUUUUCUAGUAUAAAAGGUAUCACUUUUCUUGUAUAUUUCUAUUUCCAUGUCCAUAAGAUAUCAUUUUUCUUGUCUAUAUGUCUAAAGCACUAGUCUUGCGUAUACGUUAUGUUGGUGACAGGCUUGAUGGUAUUUACAGAGAGUAUGUACAUGUAGAGAAAAUGUUUGAUGACUUGAGGGUAUGUUUUAGCACCAGUCUUGGGUAUAUGGGGGUAUCUUCUAUGACUACAGCACCAGGCUGAAAUGCAUGCCUCUAUUGGGCAUUAUGAAU